UCGAAGUAGUAGUAUGUGAUUACCAACCUGUCACAAAAAAAUCGAUGAAAAAAGAACAAAAAAACGAAACACACUUUCAUUCAUAAAUAAACAUAUAAAGCUGAACACAUUCCUGGGUAAACAAGGGUUAUAAUCACGAUGGCAAUAUACGGACCCGGAGUUAAAGUGGGCAACUGGUUUGAAACAGCACUGUCUGAGGAGUUCCGCACAGCAGACACCAAGAAGCUCCGGGAAAGUGGUGAUUUGCUCUUGGACAGGGCUCGUGCGAUUUAUGAACGCUUUAACCACGAGCAGGUUUUGGGGCCGCCACAAGAGGUAUUGGCCUUUGGUGUGGUGGUCCAGUUAAAGCCAGUUCGUAUAAAUAUCUGCCGAGAGGAGACCAAGGACUUGAACCUUGCCUUGUCGGUGGUGAUCACCCAGGAGGGAAUAAUCCGCCGGUUCAAAACAAUUAAUGAACUUUGCGAUCUCACUGUGGCUCCCAGUCCCCAUCCGUCGAUUCGCAGUAGCUUCCGUAUUGUAAGUCCGGACGACGAGAAUCGUUCCGGACAAUAUCUAACCUACGGUGAGAAGUUCCGGCUGCAGGCCAUGGACCCGGGGGACGAACCCAUGUAUAUAUGGAGUGGACCCAAACGGGUGAAUCUUACGCUCCCCCUCGAAAAGGCUUUCUACACCAAAAACAGAGGCGAGUUAACCCUGCCACUUGGCUUGGUUUCUCAGAAGAACCUUGGUCCUUCGGCUAUACCUAAUUUCUGCACUCAUUUCUAUUGUGCACACCAAGAUCCACAUAAGCGAUUCGAAAAUGAGGGAAAAACUAUAAAAGAAAAUGAUCCUCUAAUAAUAGUUCAUGCCGUAACAAACCAGAAUUUGGCCGUGGAAAAUACGCUGGCAAACACCUUGUUUGGGCCGGAAUUUCAGGUUUCGGUGCAGACAUACAAGAACGUCUUCAAGAAGGAGACAUGGAAGAAUCAAUGGAAGUUCAGCUACUGAUACUCAUCCAUCUCGAUUCCGUGACGUAUUUGUGUAUAUGUACAUAUAUUUCAUAUAUUUUAAAUUGAAUAUAGCUGGUACCUAUACCUGCUGUGGCAUCUAAAUGAUCUA